GAGAAGAAACUGAGGUAAUAUUAGACAGUUUUGCAUCAAAAAUAAAAUUGUUUCAAAGUUCGAAUCCAGAUCUAUAGCUUGGUUUAAUUCUGAUGCAAUAAUCUUUGAAUUAACAUGGAUCAGAUAUCUUCGUGGCUUUUUUCACGCUUCUUAAAUAUAUUUGUUUGAGAUGAUCACGUAGACUAUUUUUUUUCCUGUAUAUAUUUCGCUAAUUGAUCUAUCAGACAGCACAAUCAAUUUUAUGGUCGCACAAUUCGCACGUAAUGAUAAGUUUUGAAAUAAUUUCCAGAGAUAAAUAUUUAGACCCCGUGAAUGAGAUAAGCAAUAAAUAUAGGCCUGCCCUCGAUCAAUCGCGUAAAAAAAUUAAUGUUUCUUUGUAGACUGUUGUAUCUCCUUUUUCAUAAUCUUCACCUUCUCGUUUCGACGUGUUUGUAACAGGUGCAAGCCAGCAUUUUGUGUUUAAUUUUCAGCAGCUGAGGAAACAUUGGACAUCGUUUAUCGUGGAGAAAAAAUUAUUAAAAGCAAGUAUUCGGAGAAAAUGGGUGAAAACUGUACUCAAACCCUAACCACUGCCUUUACUGGGGUUUUGGUCGCGAUAAAUGCCGUUUCUGGUAUUUUAUCAGUAACUGGCAACUCGAUUACACUACUGGCGUUGUACAGAACACCUUCCUUGAAGAAGAACACCUCAAACUUUCUUAUCGCGUCAUUAGCUUUUGCCGAUUUAACUAUGGGCCUGUUUGCCAACUCGCUGUACGUGGCUCUUUGCGGUUUUGUGUCUCUUCAAGAAGUUCAAGAACUCAAGAACGCCGAAACCGCUGUUUGGUUGUUAACUACGACAGCUUCAACAUUUAACCUGUGUUUUGUAGCUGUUGAUCGCUACAUUGCCAUCCUUCACCCUUUACAUUACCGAGAGACAAUAACUAAAAAGCGAAUCUUGUGGGCGGCAAUUUGCAUGUGGGUUUUUGCCAUCUUGUUCUCCACCAUAAGCUUUUAUCUAUCUUACAACGACUUGCCAAAGCUUUGGAUAAUAGGAUCCAUUGUGACUUUCUUUCUUCCUUUAACAGUGCUUUUGUUCUGCUAUCUUCGCGUUUACAACGUGGCGAAGGCGCAGAAUUCUUGGUGGAAAAGGCACCGCACAUUUAAUCGCCCUGUUCGAGCUGCCGAAGAACUGAAACAUAGAAAAGCAGCUGUAACAUUUGCAAUCAUAACAAGCCUUUUUAUUGCUUUAUUUCUGCCAACACUAGUGGUAAACUUUCUUGCAAUACUAUUAAGAGGCCACUGUCACAGGCUUCGUAUUAACAUAGCGUGGUUCUGGGUUGCAGCAAUCUCUUAUUCUUCUUCAGCCAUAAAUCCUUGGAUUUACGCCGUUAGAAUGACUGAUUUUCGACGUGCAAUAAAACAGACAUUGUGUAGCAAGGGUGUAAACACCUCUCGCUCUGUGUAAACUAAUUAAAAGUCAUGUUAUCUAUGUCAAACAUUACGAUUUGUAGGAGCUGUAUGAGUGAAUAUUCUUGGCACUAAUAACACGGCGUUGACUGUUCGUUGACCUUUUCUGUCCAAUUUAGAUUUAUUCUAAAAAAAUUUGAGAUUGAACAGCAGUUUCAACACAGAAGACCUCGAGACAGAUGAGUUUCGUCAGGCCCUUGAUAAAUGAUUAAAUUUAAAAAAAACGAUAGUGAGCCAGUAGCUAAAAUCAGUCAUAUAAUCAUGAACUUUUGUGCACGUAUAAACAUCAACAUCGGAGUUUAAGUUAUUUCCUGAUUGGAUUCUUCAACCUAGGUCGAUAAAGUUGAAUUUCAACUCAAGCAGCUUUUAAUCGCUUUUUCCUUCAAAAAUCACGUACUUGACCUAAAUUCAGGCGACAGUCGGCCUCGUGUAAAUUGUUUAAAAUGGCCUUUUCUCACCUAGCAAUUUUCAAUUGAGUGUCGAAAGGAACAUAAAAGGGUUGCAUUAACGUGGCUUUGCGCUGUGAUUGGUCCAGAGAACUCGUGCCACUUUCCCAACCAAUCAGAUACAAAACCUUACAGCCGCCGCGCUUUGGUCUCUCGCGUUUCCCGCGGUGAGUCCUCAUUUCUUUUUGCUCUUCGAGUUGCUGCUGCUUGGUUCCAUGUGAGUUUUACUUCAGUUCCCCAGGAAAAACUAUUUCAACCCGGCGGGAUGUAUAUAAGAAUAAUAAUUUCUAGGCGCCUAGCACAGUUAAAUUUUACUCCAUAUCCUUCCUUGGCACGUAUUCAGUAAGCAUUUUAGAAUUUACUUGGGAAAUAACACAUCGCAAAUUUAAAAUGAAUAAUUUUUUUCUAAUUAGUAACAUAUUGUCAAAGGAUAACUUACUUUGUUAAAUUCUUAAUAUUAUCA